AAUAAAGAAAGUAACAGUGGUUUAAGUGACAGGUAUAGACACUGUAUAGCCCAAACUAAGCACUUCUGAAUUCUAUUUGUUUUAAAUGUGCAGUUCGUUAGUUAAUUUAUUUAUUGACUUACUUAUUUUCUGCCAAAUUGGCCUGAGGGCCCUCCAAGCAGUUUAACAUUAGUGAAAACAAUUGUGCUUACAGAGCCUAACAAAUGCUCUGUAUUUGUUUUACUGUGAGUUCCGCUGUGUAACACAAACAGAAUUCUCAGGCUUCAUAUGAUUUUAAUCAAAUCUGGUAGUCUUUCAACAUUUUAUAUGGAAAAAGUUCUUUUUGAACUUUUUAUUGGCACAAUAUCUUCCAUACAUUAUGAUCAUAUCUGUUUCUGGAGAAAUGUUACUGUUCUUGCCUAGUUAAAGUUAGUCUUACUGACAUUUAUUUAAAUUAAUAGAAAUCCAUUGAAAUCAGUAGAACUUACGUCUGUUGAAAUUUUAUCUGGACUAAAAAACAACAGAGUGCAAGAUCUGAUAUUUCUGAGAUCAUACUGUAGAAAGUGCUGUUGUGAUAGCAUAAAUAGUUCAGUGUUCUCACUACAUACAGCAUAAUUCACAUGGAAGUUUUACUGCACAAACAGAAAUUGAGAAGCAUCUCAUAGGGACUGAUUAGUGUGCAUGACUUGGAAUGUUAGGCACAUGACCUAUGCUUGUGUAACAGGCCCUAUCAUGGCCAAAAUACCUUUAGGCAAGAUAAUCCCUCCAGUUGUGCUCAAUAUCCUAGAAGAUGGUCACCAGCUAUGAGCACAAUCAGUGCUUUGUCACCAGUUGGUAACUUGAGGCACUGGGAGAAACUGAAGUUAGAAGAAUUGUGAAGAUAAUUUAGCUAAGUAUUGUUCCUCUGAAAAGGGUUGGUAAAACAAUGAAGAGGGUUUUUUAAGGUAAAGGAUGAUAGCAUGACGUAGCAUUAUCCUAGCACAGAGUUGUUUAUGCCCACUCAAGUACAGAUCCUUGGAAAAAUGGAUACAUAAGUUAGCACAUUAACUUUCUUUUUCAAAAUUAAUGCUGGAUUUGGUUAUUGCAAUGCAAUCCAAUCAAUGUUUAUUUAAGUAGUACUGAUUUCAAUAAGAACUAAGGAUAUUCUUAUCCCUUUUCCAUUAAAAAUCAGUCAGACUUAAAAUAUUUUAAAUUGUCCAUUUCCCAAGUUUAUAAAAGGUAGACAAAUUUGUUGACUACUUUUGUUGUCCAAUACAAAAUAGCUUCUCAAAAUAGCUUCUGUUUUGUUGUCCGAUACAAAAUAGCUUCUCAACUUUAAAUAUGUUAUCUGUUGAGAGCUGCUUUGAUUUCAUGUCCAUGCAGUUAGGAUUUUUCUGAGCAAGUACCAUUCAUAAAUCUAUUUUCUCUCCCUUAAUUGUAGCUGGAAUAUUAUGAUUAAAAUGUCUGGCCUUUUGAUCUUUUUUGACUGAGGCUCAUACCUCUGAAUACUGUUAAGAAACUUGUGGGCAAGACAGCGUGUCUUAUGGUCAGAUAUUUAUAGUAAGUUAUUAAUGGAUAUGGACUAUGCAAGAAGCAAAAGAUCAUUUUUCAAUACAUCAAACGUCAUACUUAGUUUUCACUUGCUUAGAGUGUGAGUUCUUCUCUGUUUCAAAUAUAGAAGAAAGGUGAGGAGAAUGUAUACUGUUGUCUUUUAACAUAAUUUCUGUAAAGGUUUAACUUUGUAAGCUGUUCCCAAAAGCAAGAAUAAAAAUGUUAAAAGUAUGUAUGUAUUGGCAUAUUGUUAAACCUUGUUGCAACAGUUAUAAAUGUAUGUACUUCUUUUCAUGUUGUCCUAAUUUUAUAUAUCGGUGUAAAGAAAAAGUUUGAUGAAUGGGUAAAUCUUCUGUUUCAAACUGUCUAUAAUCUACUUAAUUUUAAAAUGCUUGUAACACUUUUUCAAAUAUUUAAGUUGUUUGUAUUUAUGGGAAAAGUUCUAGAGCUAUUUUUUCAAUAUAUGAGAGGGACUGAAUAGUAAUAAAAUUUAGUAUUUGCAAUUUGCAGAGCAAAGCUAAUACUUUCUACAAGGAAUCGGAUCUCUACUGCAGAUGUCAGUGCUCAUCUAUCAAUAAGUAAAAAAUUCCAUUUUCUCUGCAGCUCUUGGUUAUUUCAUUUUAUUUAUGGGUUAAAUUCUUACCAGUUUUAUUCUGAAAUUCUGAUGUUGCAUUUAAAAAUGGAAAUUACCGAAUUAAUGUGCUACCUGCACAGGUUAUAUAGGCUGAUUAAAGGCCAGUGGGGGAAUAGGUCAGUGGGAAGGAAGAGCAUGGGAGGGGGAGGGGAGGUUUAAGCUUAUAUUAGCUUGUUUAACUUCUCUGACCAGUAAUUUAUCCAUUCGGUAAUUUGCUUAUUAAAAUCUUUAAACCAAAAGAAACUGGGACAAUCCAGAUCCCAAGCCAGAUUCAGAGGACUUUUGCCAUUAAUAAAUGUAAGUCUCACAUAUAAUCUAUUUCAUUCCUUGUUGAUGUGCCCUUUUUAAUGCUAUACUGCAAGAUAAAUAUAUGCAAAGUGCAAAUCCUUAAGAAAUCACAUUAAAUGCUUGUUGAAGCAGCAUAAAUAUGUAUUUCAAGUUUCUUACAUAGUAAUCUUCCAUUCCACCAAAUUUUCAUUUUAAUCAGUUUUACAACUUUACUAUUUUUACACAAUUUGAUUUUAGAUAUAAGUUUUGAUGUUUAAUGCAGUUAAACUCAAGAUAUUGACACGAACAAAGUCUUUCUCCUCCACUGAAUCAACUAACUCUACGUGGAUCCACAGGCAAGAUAUAUGCUACUGUUUCUCUCAUUAAUUCUAUAUUGUUUAUACAAAAUUAAUUUGUUUGGUUUGGCAUAACUUCCAGGAUUGUAUAAUGUCUUCCUUAAGUUUUCUUUGGUUCAGUUUCUAUAUUGUUGUAGCAAUAACUCUCUGCGAUAGAUUUUGAUAUAUCAGGAAGUCAUGUAGCCAGUGAUAUUGCCACAAUGCUGAAAUCAGGUGCUAUUCUGUUCAUAUUGCCUUCUUUCCUGGGUUAGUCUUUAUAGAGUUUCUGAGGUUUUUGACUAAUAAGCUUUUACGGUCCUGGCAGUUUUAUGUGAUUGUAUUACAAAGAAUUGGAAUGUGCAGAUUAAAACUUGUAUUACUUUUAUUUUCAAUUGGCCUGUUGACUAAAUGUUCACAGUGUGAAAAUGCUCAUGUCAUGGUGUAAAAUGGGGAGCAAUUUCUGUGAAGGUGCCUCAGCAGGAACAUGUCCCAAGCCAGUGUUCAUUUGUCUGUGUGCACAACUGUUUAGCUUAAGCAACUUCUUUCAUGAAAUUGUGAUGGGACCCGACUGUAACCAGUUGCUUUGGUCUUGGGUCCGCUCUUCCAGAUGUCAGUGUGCUAGUUAUACAUACACCAACAGCUCAAAAUAGAAUGUUACAUAAUGGAUCUCCUGACCACCCUGUCUGCAGUAUUUGAAAAUUAGGAUUGGAACCACUUCAGGCAUAUUAUACAUAUGUCAUUGAAUAUGAACACCAUGUCUGCCUCUGAUGUUCUCAGCUGCAUCAGUAAUUACUUUAUUGAAUGGACCAGCAGUUUAGUCCAUUAAGCAAGGAUACCAAAGUCUGGUGUGACAAAGGGAAACUUAGGCAUUAGAAUCGAGUCGUACAGCUGUGUGUCACCAGUAGCCAUAAUUAAGCAAAAGCCUAGACAGAAGCACCAGCUUUUUCUCACCAUCAUGCCUGAUGUGAGACUAGUAUGGCCAGAGGGCCUUUUUCCUGUCAAGCGAAAAAUCUCAUGUUGAUGCUCAAAAAUAGAUUGAUUGAAAUGUGUCGUUUAAGAGUUCUGUGUCUAUUUAUUUAUUCAUUUAUACUUGUAUUUAUAGGCUGCCAAGCCCUUUCUAGGCUGCUUACAAUACAUUGUUUCUUAGCAAAUGAGAAGAGAAAUGCAAUUAAACAGGUUAGUUUAUCAUUGCAUAUCUUUCUUUCCAUGUAUAUAGCUACUCAUGUUUAAGCAAAAGUAGAAGAAACCUAAGAAGUGGACAACAUAGAACAACUACUUAACCUUGCUUGGCUGAGAGAUCGAAGACAUGUGCUUUUAACAUGUAUAAUACUACAAAUACAUAUGAUGAAGAUGUUGAUGAUGACAUUCCUACUCAGCAUGUCAUUCAACAGAGUUUGCAGGAAAUCCAUAAAAGCACGGCUGUGGCUACAGCAGAGAAAGGCAGCUUCAAUUUUUCGACAAGUACCAAUCAUAGGAAGAUAAUCAGUGCCAUUCGGACAGGCAAAAGAGAGGCUCUGAUGGAAUUGACGAGGCAUAGCACUGCUUUUCUGGAGACAGAUGAACAAGGCAGCCUUCCUUUACAUGAAGCGGCAUCACAACCUGACAAGAAUAUUCUGGAAAUCACACUGCAAGCUUCACACUCCAGUGCGUGGCAACAGACAAACCUGAAGGGAGAAACUCCUCUGUUUAUAGCAGUGGACAGAUGCCUUAUGAAAAAUGUAUAUUUUCUGCUCCUCAAUGGCUUUAAUCCUGAUGUUAGGAAUGAGGAAGGCGACUCCGCUUUAAUUACUGCAAUUAAACACGGCUCAUAUGAAAUUGCUUCCUUGCUGAUCCAGUUUGGUGCCAAUAUCAAUCAGCAGUGUGUCAACAAGAGGACAGCUUUACAUGAGGCAGCCAGGCUAGGCUUAAAAGACAUGGUAGAACUCCUUCUUUGCUCCAGAGCAGAUCCAGACCCACGAAGUUCCUAUGAGCUCACCCCUCUAGCGCUGGCAGCGCAGAACGGGCAUACAGAAAUUCUGGAAAUUUUAUUGCGCAAAGGAGCCAACAUCCUUUCCCAGGCAUCUGAUCAUGCAUCCAUAUUAUUUGAAGCUGCUGGAGGAGGAAAUCCAGAUUCUGUCUCUCUCCUGCUUGAGUAUGGUGCUGAUGCCAAUGUACCAAAACAUUCAGGUCACCUUCCUAUCCAUAGAGCUGCUUAUAAAGGACACUUGUUGGCUUUACAGAUGUUAGUUCCUGUGACAGAUUACAGUGUCAUUAAGGAAAGCGGGAUCAGUCCAAUUCAUUCAGCUGCAGCCGGUGGACACCCUCAGUGCCUUGAAUUCCUUCUCAAAUCUGGCUUUGAUGCCAAUUUUAUGUUGCAUAAGAGAAUUCGGAAAGGCUAUGACGAUGAAAGGCAAUCAGCCUUGUACUUUGCGGUCUCUAAUGGUGACAUUAACUCUGCUCAGUUGCUCCUGGAAGCUGGAGCUCUCCCAAACCAAGACCCAGUUAACUGUCUUCAGGUGGCCUUGAGAAUGGGCAACUAUGAGCUCAUUAAUCUUCUGCUUCGGCAUGGGGCCAACGUGAACUACUUCUGCAGAGUUAACACAACACAUUUUCCGUCAGCUCUGCAGUACACACUGAAGGAUGAAGUCAUGUUAAGGAUGUUGCUGAAUUAUGGGUACAAUGUUCACCGUUGCUUUGACUGUCUUCAUGGAGACGACGUGCAUUCCCAGUACUUGUUUGAAGGCUGGACUUCAACUGUUAUCAAAGACACAAUGUUCUGUGAAGUGAUAACUCUAUCCUGGUUAAAGCACCUGUCUGGGAACGUAGUGCGCAUCAUGCUAGAUUAUGUUGAUCAUAUCAGAAUCUGCUCUAAACUUCUGUGUGUUCUUAAAGAACAAAAACUAUGGCCAGAAAUCAAUGCAAUCUUGACCAACACCCGUUCUUUGCAACAUCUUUGCCGCCUGAGAAUCCGGAAAUGCUUGGGACGUUUACGUCUACGCUGUCCUGUCUUCUUGACCUUUUUACCACUACCAAACAGAUUGAAAGAAUAUAUACUCUAUAAGGAAUACGAUCUCUAUGGACAAGGAAAUCUGAAUGGAAUCUACUAAUACAGACAUAUACAUAUGUCCUGGAGGGUAUUGUAUAUGUAAAUAAAUUCAUAUGUGCAGUAUAAAUGAGCCUACAUGCCAGUUUCAUAGGCUCACUCUUACUAAUGGCUACAAAAUAACUCAAUGUUUCUAGCCGUCCAGAGACUUGCAACAUACUGGACAGGGUAAAAAUACCCAACUAAAUAAAUAGCUUAGGAGUAGGCUAGCUAUAAUCUUAAUGCUUCUAUUUGGCACUCCAGUAUAGACAUACUCUUACAACUUUGACACUGGAUGCUCAACUUAGGGUAGCUUUAAGAAUUAGACAUGCCUAUUUAGUUCUUUGGUGUUUAGUCAUGCUGGCCACAUGACCACAGAGACUGUCUGCGGACAAACGCUGGCUCCCUCGGCUAGGAA